CGUUAAUACAGAAGAAGAAGAAGAAGAAGAAGAAGAAGACCCCGAAAGUGUUGAUCGUCACCGUGCAUGUUCUGUCCAUUGACAUAUAUAUCCAUAUACUGUCUAUGGUUCCAUCCAGCGAGGAUUUCUGAUCAGAUGGAAGUGACCUCAGCAAACAGGAAGUGCCCUGCUGUCACAGGAAGUAGCCGAAAGAUCAAAGACAACGCAGCUGACUGGCACAACCUGAUGCUGCGCUGGGAGAAACUGAACGAGGACGGCUUCACAGCCGCCGAAAACAUCACGGCUAUCACCCUCACACGAUCUCAGAGCAAUGAGCGUCUGCUGCUGGACGACCCCCCCUCCCCCCCGUCGGCCCGGUCUCUGCAGCCCCCCCUGUCUGAGCAGCCUGGGGGGGCUGCAGAGCUGCAGGAAGAAUGCUGUAAACUGCAGGACGUGGUCCAUAAAAUGGUCGCCGUGGUGACGAAGAUGGAGCGUCUGAUGACAUCACAGCGAGGCGUUCAGGAUCUGGAGGAGUUUCAUUUCGGACCUGAAGGAAGAAAUGUUCCUCUGUUUUACAGCUGGAGCACCAAACACUUCAAUGAAGCGUGUGGUUUCCUGCUGGCCUCCUUCCAGCAGGAGCUUCGUUUGAAGCAGAUGAUCCUGCAGGAAGUGGGUCACACGGCGACCUCUGACCUCUGCAUGGUCUACCUGUCCUGUUGGCUGCAGCAGCCGUUCCUCCCCCCCCAGACCAGACUCACCCUGGAGGCUCUGCUGCUGGAGACAGGACACCGCCCACUAUAACACCCCCAGACCAGACUCACCCUGGAGGCUCUGCUGCUGGAGACAGGACACCGCCCACUAUAACACCCCCCAGACCAGACUCACCCUGGAGGCUCUGCUGCUGGAGACAGGACACCGCCCACUAUAAC